AUGAAAAAAAGAAUAAAAAAGAAAUUAAAAAAAUACAAUAAAAUAAAUACAAAAACAUCAAAUAUCUAUGAAUUUUAUUCAGAAAUAAAAAAUCUUAUUAUUUUAACAAAAGAUUUACAUUUACAAUUUAAUGUAGAUAAUAUUCUUAAAAAACCAAAUUCAGAACUUUUUUAUAUUAUUUAUUUCCUUCCAUUUACAAUAAAUAUAGAUAAUGAUAGGAAAGUGUAUUUAAAUCAACAAAAUAUAUUUUCUCUUUCUAAUAUUCGUGGUGUAAAUAAAUGGAGAAAAGAUCCAUUUAAUAUUAAUCGAGAAUUUAAAAAGAAAUAUUUAGGACUAAAAUGUCCACAUGCACAAUUUACAUUGGUAAAAUCAAAAAUAAUACUUGGAUCAUUGAAUGAAUUACCAUUAACAAAAGAAUAUUUAAAUACACCAAUAACAAUUAAAUGGGAAAAUGGAGAAAUUCCAAGAAGUACUUGA